UCGAUGCCAGCGCGCCUUCUCUGGAAGAAAAGAAAGUUGAUAAAUAUUAUGCGUAUCACCAGGUCAGAACCUUAGAUGAAUCGGCCACGAUCGGCAACAGAUCUUCACUGUUAUUCUUGAGGAUAUCUUCGAAUCGACGCCUUGCUAAGGCCGUCUCUCGCAGAAUAAGGCGGCGUCCCGUUCUUCUCUCGGCCUCUCCCGAGCAACCCCCUCCCCCCCCGCACCCGCACUUUAGGUUUGGCCGAGCUUGGCGUGCCACUCUUUUCUUACCAUGGUGUCGUCCUUCCCCUCGUCCUCCCUUGCCGGAUUCAGCCUGGAUAUUAGCGCGGGUGCAUCCCUCCUCAACCUCAUAAUCGGCCUCGCCAUGUCAGCAGAGACGGGAAGCGCGGCUCCGGUAGAGCGCGGCGCCGUGCCCGACUACACCACGUCGGAGGCGGGCAACCCGUUCGUGGAGGGCUGGUACGCCGACCCGGACACGGCGAUAUACGAGGGCCUCUACUGGGUGUACCCGACGUCGUCGCUGCCGUACGACCAGCAGACGUACCUCGACGCCUUCUCGAGCCCGGACCUGGUCCACUGGACGAAGCACCCGAACGUCCUCACCGCCGCCAACGUCUCCUGGGCGACGCGGGCGAUCUGGGCGCCGGCCCCCGUCGCCCGCAACGGCAAGUACUACCUGUACUUCGGCGCCAACGACAUCCAGGAGGGCGAGCCGGAGCGCGGCCUCGUCGGCGGCAUCGGGGUGGCGGUGGCGGACCGGCCCGAGGGGCCCUACGUCGACGCGAUCGGCAAGCCGCUGAUCGGCGAGUACCACAACGGGGCGCAGCCGAUCGACCAGGACGUGUUCGUCGACGACGCGGACGGGCAGGCGUACAUCUACUACGGGGGCCACUCGCACGCGAACGUGGCGAAGCUCAACGCGGACAUGGUGUCGCUCGGCACCUUCGACGACGGCACGCAGUUCCGGGAGAUCACGCCGGAGAACUACGUCGAGGGCUCGCAGAUGUUCAAGCGCGGCGGCGCGUACUACUUCAUGUGGUCCGAGGGCGGGUGGACGGGGCCGGACUACUCGGUCUCGUACGCGGUGGCCGACUCGCCGCUCGGCCCCUUCGUCCGCCGCGCCCGCGUCCUCCAGCAGGACCCCGCCGUCGCCCGCGGCAGCGGCCACAACGCCGUCCUCCGCGUCCCCGGCUCCGACGUCUGGUACAUCGUCUACCACCGCCGCCCCCUCGCCGAGGCCGACGGCAACCACCGCGUCCUCGCCUACGACCGCAUGUACUUCGACGGCGACGGCGCCAUCCGCCCCGUCAAGAUGCUCGUCAAGGACAACUUCGCCGACGGCCGCAUGUUCAACUGGAAGACGUACGGCGGCCGCUGGGCCGUCGCCGGCCGUCGCCUCGCCGUCGCCGCCGCCGACGCCGACGCCCGCGCCUUCCUCGACACCAACUUCUCGAGCCUCGUCUUCGACGCCACCGUCGCCGUCGCCGAGGGCACCGGCGACGCCGGGCUCGUGUUCCGCGCCACGAACCUAUCGGCCGGCGCCGACGGGUUCCGGGGGUACUACGCGGGCAUCUCGCCGGCCGGCACCGUGGCGCUGGGGAAGUCGGACGCGGGGACGUGGACGCUGCUGCAGGAGGCGAGUCUGGACAUCGCCGCGGCGGCGGAAUACAACCUGCGGGUCACGGCUGUCGGCAGCGAAAUCAGCGUGUUCGUAAACGACUUGGCGCAGGCCAAGAUCACUGCCACCGACGAGUCCUUCGCUAGCGGCGCAAACGGCGUCCAGGCCCGCAAUUCAGGUGCCCGCUUCGGGAGCGUUUCCGUGGCAGAAGCGUAAUAAAAAAAAACACUUCGCGGGGUAUCUCAUUUUUCCCAAAACACUCUCCCGUCUCCGAGUGGGGUGGUAUCGUACAUACUUCGCAAAGGACGAAGGUUCAAUACAUAUUUUGUCCAUGGCCCCGAUG